UCAGAAGACAUUCAUCUCAAAUCAUUUCUCAACCUGCUUGAGAAACUGAUUAAUCCGAAUGAUAGAGACCUUGUGGAUCAUACUAUCUCACAACGACAAAAAGGUCUCUCGUUCUUAUGUCAUUUUCUCGUAGAGAUCGGAAAUAAACAUAUUAGCGCAUUGAAAAAAGACAUUGCUAUGUUUUUGGAUCAUUCAGGUACCUCUGAUCAAGCAAUCGAUACUUUAUCUAACAUGCAGUUGAGUUCUAUAUCGAGGGAGAAUCGACAUGGAAAAAAUAUCAUAUCUUCUAUUCAUAGAGAUAAUGUCGCAAGAGAGCUUGUAAAGUAUCAGGUGAAUGUGUUAAUUGCUAAUAUCGAUGAUUAUCACAACAUUCAUGGUUUACACAUUCCAACAACUAUGUCGACCAAUACGGUUGCUCACAUGACUACAGUUCUUGCCAUCCUGAUAUCUACAGCAAGUGCGAUUCCAAAGAGUGUCGGAAAUGCAAACAUACAUAACCUGCGACUUGUUGACAGUAAUAUUUUGAUUACUCAAAUAGAAAAUCAGUUUAUGGCUCUUCUAUCUCAAUCGUUUAAUAAUCAGUUUGCAAGAAAAUCUGCUUACGCUGAAAAUGAUUUACUUGAUAAUCUAACACUUAAUUUACAUUCGACGGAGACAUACAUUAAAGCUAUGGAGACGUUUGCAUCCUUUCCAGAAUUUCACGAAUAUCUCCAGCACAAUGUUAUUCCAUUGGUUGCUGAUUGGCCAGGUCAAAUACUUCCUCGAAAAGUGAUUACGAUGCAACAACAACAAGCGCGAAAGAAUAUUCAAACAGAAAAGCAUCUUGUGGCGUUUAGUGAUUAUCCAGUGGAAAAUUAUUAUUCACUAAUUCGCCAACAAACAAGAGAAACAGAUACGUCUGAACAACUUUCAAGAAUGACUUGCGUUAUCAAUUGCCUUCGUUAUGAUAAUGUGUUUCAGAGUACAUUCGUUUUGACAACAAAAUAUCCUUAUUGUAAAGAAGAUCUAAUAG